CCCACUCAGCCAGGCUAGUUGAGUACAGCGGAGCACAGCAAAGCCCUCCUGACAUCAUGGGACUCACACACGACCCCAACUUCCACAAGCUGCAGGACUGGUACACAGCCCACGCCUUGAACCUCAACAUGAGGCAUAUGUUUGAGGCUGACCAGGAGAGAUUCAACAAAUUCAGUUUAUCAUUGAAGACAGACGAUGGAGACAUUCUUCUGGAUUACUCCAAGAAUCUCAUCACAGAGGAAGUUAUGAAGAUGUUGGUUGAUCUGGCUAAGUCAAGAGACAUUGAGGCUGCCAGACAGAAGAUGUUCAAUGGAGACAAGAUCAACUUCACUGAGGGCCGCGCUGUGCUCCAUGUGGCUCUGAGGAAUCGUUCCAACACUCCCAUCAUGGUUGAUGGAAAGGAUGUGAUGCCAGAGGUCAACAAGGUUCUGGAGAAGAUGAAGGGCUUCUGCCAUAGAGUUCGCAGCGGUGAGUGGAAGGGCUACACAGGAAAGGCCAUCACAGAUGUUGUCAAUGUCGGCAUCGGAGGCUCUGACCUUGGCCCCCUGAUGGUGACGGAGGCUCUGAAGCCUUAUUCAAAGGGUGGACCUCGUGUGUGGUUCGUGUCCAAUAUUGAUGGAACACACAUCGCCAAAACCCUGGCACAGCUCAACGCUGAGACAACCCUCUUCAUUAUCGCAUCCAAGACAUUCACCACCCAAGAGACCAUUACCAAUGCUGAGUCAGCCAAAGCAUGGUUCCUUGAACAUGCCAAAGAUAAAGCUGCUGUUGCCAAGCACUUCGUUGCCUUGUCUACCAAUGCUCCCAAAGUGAAGGACUUCGGCAUCGACACAGAAAACAUGUUUGAGUUCUGGGAUUGGGUUGGUGGUCGUUUCUCUUUGUGGUCUGCCAUUGGAAUGUCCAUUGCUCUGCAUAUUGGCUUCGACAACUUUGAAAAACUUCUCUCAGGAGCUCACUGGAUGGACAACCACUUCCGCACUGCUCCUCUAGAUAAGAACGCUCCCGUCCUUCUGGCUCUGCUGGGUAUCUGGUACAUCAACUUCUUCCAUGCUGAGACCCAUGCUAUGCUGCCUUAUGACCAGUACAUGCACCGUUUCACCGCCUACUUCCAGCAGGGUGACAUGGAGUCAAAUGGAAAGUACAUCACUAACCAUGGGUCCCGUGUAAACUACCACACUGGUCCAAUAGUGUGGGGGGAACCUGGAACCAACGGACAGCACGCCUUCUAUCAGCUCAUCCAUCAAGGAACACGUAUGGUGCCUGCUGACUUCCUGAUCCCAGCUCAGACACAACACCCCAUCAGAGACAGCCUACACCACAAGAUCUUGUUGGCCAACUUCUUGGCCCAGACGGAGGCUCUGAUGAGGGGCAAGACCACUGAGGAGGCCAGGAAGGAGCUGGAGGCCAGCGGCCAGAGCGGAGAAGCUCUGGAAAAGAUCCUGCCACACAAAGUAUUCCAAGGAAACAGGCCAACCAAUUCAAUUAUCUUCAAGAAACUGACCCCAUACACACUUGGAGCUCUUAUCGCCAUGUAUGAGCACAAGAUCUUCAUCCAGGGUGUGAUGUGGGAGAUCAACAGUUUUGACCAGUGGGGAGUGGAACUGGGCAAACAGCUGGCAAAGAAGAUCGAGUCUGAGCUCAAAGACACCACAGAGGUCCACUCCCACGACUCCUCCACCAAUGGACUCAUGAACUUCCUCAAGAAGAACUUUGCCUGAGCUGCGUCUCAAUAACUUUCCGCCACAACGUUAUCCGUCUUGUCGGCUCCACGGAUGAGGAGACUCACAGAGGCAGCUGGCCGCUCCCACACAGUCGAGCUGAAGCAUUCUAUGUUUGUAUUCUUAUUAUGAAUAUCGUGACUGUCUACAGUGCCGUCUUUUCAUGUUUGUUAGUUUGCACAGUGAGUAAUGUGGAAGACAGAGUGGGACGCGCUCUCAUACUGUCUGAGAUUAGACUGUGAAAUAAAUACCUUCACACAAUUA